CAGGGGGCUUAAGCUCGAGUUACACAGCGCCCCAAUAAUAGACGCCGUGAAUAUUCAACCAGAAAUGCGAAAGUGCCUCGUCAUCUCAAGUUUCCAUGGUCUAAUCCUCUUGGUACAACUCUCUAGUCUUUUCCAUCUCCUCGCAUUCAUUCAUCCUUCAAACCAACCCCGAAAGCUCGUUCCGCAGCGCGUCAAAAACUGCCUUGGCGCGCUGUGAUCGUCGCAGAGUAGCGGCAACGGGCCCACAGAACCACGUACACCACCGCGAGGCUGGCCACGCAAACCGUCCAGUUUGGACGCGAGACUGGCCGACAAACCGUUACAUCUGGAUCUUCUGUUUCUCUCCAGCUUGUUGAUCUUUACCAGCAUCUUGGGAGUUCAUCGUUGACACCUCCAGCAAAAACACCUCCGAGGGUGACUUCUUUGUCCGCGGUGUGACGAUCACUUCUCAGUGAACAAGGUUUUACAGCCCAAGCAGAAAGACCGGAGCAGCACCUAAUUCUGCCGAAGACGAAACAUAUCCGCGUUUCGACACAGACUUUCCAGCUAUAUACGCACAUCUGUCUGGUCAUGAUCUUUCCGAGCUCGACAGUUUAUGACGAUGACUUCACCCUUUAGCCACGACGGUGGUCGUCGGGCACGGCUCCAGCAGAUCGCCGCCGCUUGGGGUAUCCACCCAACCAUUCCACCGGUAACAGUUCAACAGCGACCUCCACAACGACGAACACCACAAGAUGAUUUUCAAGCAGAAGAGUUACUGAAGCGGCAAAGACUGAGCGCCUCUGCGGACGGUAACAAAAGUUCUCAAAAUGCAAGCAUCAAACGCGCUUUCAGCUCAAACAAAAAGCCCUCAGGAACCUGGGAUCCCAACGAAAUAUUCGAGGCUCUGGACGCUCUGGUCACCAAUCGAGGAGCGCCAGGCGUUGCGGAUGCCUUGAUUGCCAAGCUGGUGAACGCGGGAGGAAAUGUCAAUGUGUCAACCAUCAAAAAUAAGACCAACCUCCUCACUCGGAGAAAAAGCUUGGAGAACUUGGAAAGAAGCAGAGUGCUGCAAAGGGCGGUUCAAAACCGGCACACCGACAUGGUUGCUGUCUUGGUCCAGUAUGCCGAUCCCCUCACCCUGGAUGCAGCGCUUCCUCUUGCGAUACGAUCUGGGGAUCUAGAAAUGCUGGCCAUGUUGCUUCACCAAGGGGCCAACUCCACGCAAACCCAAGAUGCCCAGGACGCCUUCAGGCAGCUCUGCAUCAUGGGUGGCCAUGCGGAUCUAGUCGGCUUGAUCUUGCAAUCGGAAGGAAGGCCAUCAUCACAAUGGAUAUCCAUGUCCAUGGUUGACGCUACACGUAAAGGCUGCUUUCAUACAGUUAUGAGGCUCAGCCGGUCGACAGCUGAUGGGGACUACCACAAAGCCGAAGCGCUCAAGACGGCCAUCUCCCAGUGCAGGGUCGAUAUCGCCCUUGCCAUCCUUACCGGUACAAAACCACCUACACAGGGUGGCCAGGGUGUUCUGGAAAGCUUUGCACAGUUGGUGGAACACCCCUCACUUGGUCCCAAUGACAGACUUCCCUUCACCGAGGCCCUCCUCUGUGCUGGUGCUUCAGGGGAACCGAUUGCGAUGGCACUCGCUCAAGCUUCUGUCAACGAGUAUUAUGAUAUGGUUGAUUUACUCGUGUCUUAUGGAGCUUCAAUUGAGCACCAAGAGGCUGCCAUUGUGCGGCACGCCUUGUCCACCGGACGAACUAGCUUGGCCCAGUUAUUACUGAGCGAAAGGUCUACACUUAGCCCAGCAUAUGCCUCGGAAUGCCUCGAUAGCAUACCGAAAACUAUUGCACCCGAGGAUCGGCAUGCUAUGCUCAGUCUCCUGCUUCGAAAAGGGGCAAGCGGGCCCCCUCUACACGAAGUGCUUAUCGAUGUCGUAAAGGCCAACGACCUUCAAUCUGCCCAACUGUUACUUACCCCACAGUUUCCCGGUGGGCAGCCAGCCUCUAGUCACAACUUAGGAAACUGGAAGCAUGGUGUGGUAGCUGUUAGACACGCGGUUGCGUCAGUUGAUCAUAGGAAUGGUCUGGCCUUGAGCAUCGCGGUCCAGAUGGGUCAGUUGCAAAUGGUGAAACAGCUGUUGGCCGGUAGGCCAAGUACACAAACUCUGGACCAUAUCUUUCCUCUCGUUCGAGCCCUUCAGCCGACGAUUCGAUAUCAGAUCGCCGAACAGUUUCUAACCGCGGGCCUGUCGAGCCCCUGUGUUUCGGUCGCUCUGCAAGAGGCGAUCGAAGAACAGCCCCCACGCCGAGACGAAAACUUUAUAAGCAUGCUUCUCAGAUUCAACGCCGACGUCAAUUUCAACGAUGGUGCUGGCGUCUUGUCGGCUAUAGCUAUUCGGGAUCUCCCUCUUCUAGAAAGGUUGCUCACAAAUAAGCCAGCACCUCAAACAAUGGCUGCUGCCGUCAUGAAGGCUAUGGAAGAGCCGGAUAGGGAGACACGAUACCGCAUGCUUAGCCUGCUUAUUCCGAGCGCUGGUCGUGGUGAGACAUCGCAAGCACUGGUACAUACUCUGGCCGUCAAGCCCGUGGAUAUGCAACUUGCCAGGCUUCUCCUGGAACAAGGACGGGCAGAUGUCAACUUUGACCAUGGAGCAUCUGUUACUUCAGCCAUUAAUGAUCCCGAACCAUCAUUGCUGGAACUGGUCCUACAAUACGGUGGCCCCAGUCCAGACACACUCUUUCAAGGGCUGGCCAUGUUGUCAGAGGUGCCGACAAACCAAGUAAAAGCGGCCAAGGUUGACUCCAUUCUUCGCCGAACACGGGAUAAGAACAUCCUGAACGCCAUACUUGUCAAAGAGGUCCAGACGCUUCUCAAGAUAACACCAGAAAAGCGCCAACUUGGCGUCAUCUCUUCACUUCUCGCAGCCGGAGCGGAUGUAAACUCCAAUAAAGCGGCCGCUCUGUCGUGCGCUGUGAAGGCGGCCGACUCUGCCAUAGUCGACCUGUUAUUCACCGUCAACCCCAAUGCUACAUCACUUGCCGCGGCCCUCCCACAAUCGCUCAAUAUUCUUGACCCCAUGGAUAGACUAACGUUCACCCAGAAACUGAUAGAAUCAGGAGCGCCAGGAGCCGAGGCCAACCGGGCAUUGGUUUAUGCAAUCAAUGCCCACCCGAACGACCUACCUCUUAUUUCACUCCUUGCUACCCAUGCGGAUUCCUCUGGGGGCGACGCUCUCCUCACCGCCAUCAAAAAGGAAAACCCUGAGAUUGUACAGCUGGUGCUGGACAAGUCGUCCACGGUUUACUCGCAACAAGUACUGCAGGAUGGGUUGGUGGAUGCGCUCUUGGUUACAAACAAGACCAAAAGAGUGGCCAUAUGCAAGGCGCUGCUCGUUAAGGGGGUAAAGGGGCAGAUUGUUUCUGAUGCACUGCUGUCUGCUGCCUCAGACGGCGAUAUUGAGCUUGGAAGGGUUCUUUCCGACUACGGAGCAAGCGCUGAUCACCGCGAUGGACAAGCCAUUGUGGAGGCUUGUGGAGCAGGAGCUAAGGAUGUGAUGGAGAUGCUUUUAAGAGGCCAAGGUGGCCAGGUCGGGGAGCAAACCCUUAUUAAGGGGUUCCUGGCAGCGAGUCAGGUUGUUGAUCUGAAGCGCCGGGAGGAUGUGUUCCGCAUCUUACUACAAAAGGGGGUCAAAGGUGAGGUUGUGGACGCACAGCUUGUUUCGGCGGCCAAGUUUGGGGAUGACGGCGAAGGGCUCGUGAGACUGCUGCUUCAGCAUGGGGCAAGCGUGGACUACAAUGCUGGAGAGGCUAUCUGGAAUGUCACGAGAGGGGCAAAUAUGGGGUGCUUGAAGCUUAUGCUUGGCAUCGAUAGCGGCAGGGAACAGGAAAAGAAGCCAAACAAGGUGACCUUGCUGCGGUCGCUCAAGGCAAGCAGAAAGUUGAGCAGGGACUCGAGGUUACAGGUUGUGGACUGGUUGUUUCAAGCUGGAAUGCCGCCAUGCGAGGAGGUCAACAUCGCUUUGAACAGAGUCGUGAAGGAGGAUCCAGAUUUGCGGCUGGUUGGGCUGUUGCUCAAGAACGGGGCAUCGCCGCUGUCUAAUGGCUGCGAGACGCUGACGGAUGCAGCUCAGAUGCUGCUGGUGGAUGUGUUACAGCUGCUUUUGGCGGGUGACAUCCCACAGAAGGAUGUGUCAUGGACCUUCAAACAAGCGUUCACCCCACAGGCAUCGGUGACUUGGUUUACGGAGAAAGGUUUCCUGGUCGCGAAAAUGUUACUCGCCAAGGGGGCAGAGGGGGAGAGCCUGACACUGGCGCUGAUGACGGCCAUCGAUGCAUAUGACGCGGAGAAGGACGAGCUGGCGCGCAGAUUCGCUAGUCUGCUACUUCAACACAAGGUUGACGUGUCUUACGAAGAUGGCAUCGUGCUGCGAAAGGCGGCUCAGCGGGCAGAUGCAGACCUUAUUCGACAGGUCCUACAACAGAAUCCGGAUUCAAGAGCCGUUUCCAUCGCAUUCGGCUACAUUUUCGACCAUGCGGAUCUAUCGGAAGAAGACACCCUUCGACUCAUCACUCUCUUCACCGAAUAUCAGGAUGGAGAGGAGAGGCUAGACGUCAUGUUUCCACCCGCUGUCGGUACCGAACCAGUGCUAUUCCGAGCCUUGAACAAGUUUCCGCGGUCUGCCAAAAUCAUGGAGACGCUGCUUGAUGCGGGCUAUUACCACGAUCAACUGACCACGAUGAGAGUUAUGGAGGAUAUUGACGAGGAAGAACAGGUCAAUUUGCUAUUCUGGGCUAUUUCACAGCCACAGAAGCGGGUCAGCAAUUCUGUCAUUGAACUGCUGGUUAUCCGUGGUGCAAAGGUGAAUUUUGAGACCAAAAUAUCCAAGACAACACCUCUCAUGUUGGCUAUCCGAGCCAGAAGGCAGGAUGUAGUCAAAUGUCUCAUUCUCGCCGGUGCCGAGGUCGAUGUGAUGGAUGUGACGGGCAACACGCCGAUGACAAUGGCAACUGAGAUGGGUGGCGAACUGGGCACAAGCAUCAUGUCCAACAUUUUGGCAGCUGAUCCAAAUGCAAGCCAGAAUGAUGGCUCUGUUCACAACGCGGCCAGGGAAUUGAACCUACAGGCCCUGAAGGUCUUGGUCGAUUUUGGCCAUGAUGUCGACUUUCCCAGCACCCUGCAUGGUGGUCGGAGUGCACUUGGAGAGCUAUGCCUAAACGCUGCAAGCGGAGGCUCGCUGACAGCAAGUCAGGAAAAACAAAUGCAAAAGUGCAUGAGUUAUCUGAUCAGGGAAGCUGGGUCAGAUCUUACAAUCCAGUGUGAGGGCAAGACCGUCCUACUGCUCGCGCUGGAGAGUCUGGAUCCUAUCGCCACAACAAGUGCCUUGCUGAAGACAGGGGUCUGGAAGUACAUCAACGAGCCAUACAACCAGUUCACUGACGGGACAUACACAUACUCGCCAUCGCAAUAUGUCCAGCGAGUCCUACCCAACAUCAAAACCAAGGCUCAACUCUUGGAGCUGCUCAAAGCCAACCGUUGCAAGGACGUCUUUUACGGCAACGACCCUGCCCAACCCCAACCAGAGGGCGCAAUGAACCUGCCGCCCGAGCUUCUCCGAGCUGAACGUGAGCGUCGCGCCCUCGAGACUCGGAUCCAAAAAGAAAAACAAGAACACAACGCCGCCCUAACCCGCCAAAAAGAAAUCGCCGACUUCCAAAACCAGCUCUUCAAGACCCGCGCCGAGAUCGAAGACUCCCGCACCCGCCGCAUGCGCCAAGACGAGCUCGACUUUCACCAGACACGCCAAAGACAAGCUGAUCAGGCCUUUGCGAAAGAGCUUCAGCGACGGAAGGCUGAGCGGGAGGCGAACGUGGAAGCUGAGCAGCGCCUGACCGAGGCUGGCUUGACGAGGGCGAGGCUGAUCAAGGAGGCUGAGCUGGAGAUGGAGGAGAGGAAGCAGGAGAAGAUGAUUGACUAUGCCAAUCAGAUGAGCUCAGUUAGGGUUCGGGAGAGAGAGGCGAUCGACCGGGUUGAUGCUGCGUCCGAGGCGAGGAUGACGAAGCGGCUUCAGGAGCAUAGGAGGUUGGUAGAGGGGCAGAAUCAGCUGGCUGGUAGACUGCAGAAUGGGGUUGAUGGGCAGGGGAGGAGGUUGGGGGGGUAUAUCACUGGGGAACUUGACUGAGAGGAGUCUUUGGGCAGGUUCAGGGGGGACAGGGGGAGACAAACAAAACAGUGAAAAUGUACGGAGGUUCCGGAACAAAGACAGUGAACUUGCCUGUUACUUACCAAGCC